AUGAGGGAAGGCUUUGUGAUAGAGUGUCUGAUCACUGGCAUGGCUUUGCUGUGUGUCAGUAUCUCUGCCUCUUCUGAUAACAGACCUGUUCUCACUGGACAUUUUUUGGUGGACUUUCAUGAAGGAGGAGAACAAGAAGCUAAACAACUUGCCAAGGAAUAUGGCUUUGGUGGGGUCAGAAAGCUCCCCUUUGCUGAAACAUUAUAUCAUUUCUAUGACAAUGGAGCUGCAAAAAACAGAAGAAAGCGUAGUUUCAAAAGCAAGAACCACUUAGAUAUGCAUCCCAAGGUAAGAAAAGUUGUGCAACAAGAAGGUUUUGACAGAAAGAAACGAGGAUAUAGAGAUAUAAAUGACAUCGAUAUUAACAUGAAUGACCCUUUAUUUACAAAGCAGUGGUAUCUGAUCAACACAGGUCAAGCUGAUGGGACACCAGGACUUGAUUUAAAUGUAGCAGAAGCUUGGGAGCUGGGUUACACAGGGAAAGGAGUUACUAUAGCAAUUAUGGAUGAUGGAAUAGAUUACCUUCACCCAGAUCUUGCCUCAAAUUAUAACGCAGAGGCAAGCUACGACUUCAGCAGCAAUGAUCCUUACCCCUAUCCUCGUUAUACUGAUGACUGGUUUAACAGCCAUGGAACGCGAUGUGCGGGAGAAGUGUCUGCUGCUGCAAACAACAAUAUUUGUGGGGUGGGAGUUGCCUAUAGUUCAAAAGUUGCAGGAAUUCGUAUGUUGGACCAACCCUUUAUGACUGAUAUAAUCGAAGCAUCCUCCAUCAGUCACAUGCCGCAGGUCAUAGACAUUUACAGUGCCAGCUGGGGGCCCACUGAUGAUGGCAAGACAGUGGAUGGACCGAGAGAAUUGACUUUACAGGCCAUGGCGGACGGGGUGAACAAGGGUCGUGGAAGUAAGGGGAGCAUUUACGUGUGGGCAUCUGGAGAUGGUGGAAGUUACGACGACUGUAACUGUGAUGGUUACGCAUCAAGCAUGUGGACGAUCUCCAUCAAUUCUGCUAUAAACGAUGGCCGGACAGCAUUGUAUGAUGAAAGCUGUUCUUCAACAUUAGCCUCUACAUUUAGCAAUGGAAGGAAGAGGAAUCCUGAAGCUGGCGUGGCAACAACCGAUUUAUAUGGCAACUGUACACUACGUCAUUCGGGAACAUCUGCAGCGGCACCAGAAGCAGCUGGGGUGUUUGCCUUAGCCCUGGAGGCAAACCCAGGUCUCACCUGGCGAGAUUUACAACACCUGACAGUACUGACAUCCAAAAGAUCAGCUCAUGAUGAAGUUCAUAAGUGGCGGAGGAAUGGUGUUGGCUUGGAGUUUUAACCACUUGGUUCGGGUUAUGGCGUUCUUGAUGCUGCCAUGGUUAAAAUGGCACGAGAAUGGAAAACUGUGCCUGAGAGAUUUCAUUGUAUUGGAGGAUCGAUACAGGAGCCAAGGAAAAUACCUCCAGAUGGAAAAUUGGUUCUAACCCUUACAACGGAUGCAUGUGAAGGCAAGGAAAACUUUGUACGAUACCUUGAACAUGUCCAGGCUGUAAUAACUGUAAACUCCACAAGGCGUGGUGACCUGAACAUCAACAUGACAUCACCAAUGGGAACCAAGUCCAUCUUGCUGAGUCGUCGUCCUAGGGAUGAUGAUUCCAAAGUGGGGUUUGAUAAAUGGCCCUUCAUGACCACACACACAUGGGGAGAGGACCCAAGAGGUACUUGGGUUCUUGAGAUUGGGUUUGUUGGGAGCAUGCCACAGAAAGGUGUUCUUAAAGAAUGGACCCUGAUGCUGCAUGGAACUCAAAGUGCUCCCUACAUAGACCAAAUAGUUAGAGAUUACCAGUCAAAAUUAGCUAUGUCAAAGAAAGAAGAGCUUGAAGAGGAACUGGAUGAGGCCGUGGAGAGAAGCCUGAAAAGUCUAUUAAACAAAAGCAAAAACUAA